GCUCCCACACCUGCCAUGCCCGCCAGUUCACCACUGCCGUGCGCGCUCUCGCCGUGCGCUCCCCACGUCUCACCAAACCGUCACAAAAGUCCGCCUUCGCCCCAAAACCACCACGUCCCCUGCCGUGCCGUGCCCCUCUAUAAACCCCUCCCCGGCCCACAAAAACUCCCAAAGCCAGGCAAAAGAGGCAACCGCUGCCCCAGACGCAAACUGCUGCCUGCCCCCAUCCACGAGGUCCGCGCGCUUGCUCGCUCUCGCAUGGCCGCGCCGCCGGCGACGACGACAAGCCACGGCCGGCGCGCGCGGGCGGAGAUGUGCGCGGCGGCCGUGGUGUCGGCCGCGGAGGCGGCGUCGUGGUGGUGCGCCGUGGCGCUCGUGGCGCUCGUGCUGCUGGGCGCGCUCCGGGCGGACUACGAUGCCGAUGCCGAUGGCGGCGAGGCGGUCUACUUCCGGGGCGCGCGGCUGGGCGGCGGGCGGCGGCCGUGCGAGGAAGUGUACGUGGUCGGGGAAGGCGAGACGCUGCACAGCAUCAGCGACAAGUGCGGGGACCCGUUCAUCGUGGAGCGGAACCCGCACGUGCAUGACCCCGACGACGUCUUCCCGGGGCUCGUCCUCGCUCUCAGGCCCACAAAGAACACCUGAUUAUUAGCUUUCUGCCGCCGGCAAUUUGGCGUUGCGUGCAAGCGCCGGCGGGGAUGAGCAACGCACUCGAAGAGUUCCUGUUUGCUACUUUGCUAGCUCCCUUCUUCUUAAGCUUCCUUUUGUUUGUUUGCAACUACUCAUCUUGAUAAGUUUCUUCCCAAGAGGGGAAGGGAUAUAGUAAGUGUAUAUAUUAUAAAAGAGAACUGAAGAAAGCAUACAUAGUUGAAGCUUGAAUGGGCCGGAUCUAGCUUGCUUUAUAUUCUUGUGUUGAUCGAA